UUGCUGCUCGGCUUCAGUUCUUUAAAAAGGACGUGCAAACAUUUCUUUUCUCAUCAUGAACACAUCAAACAGCACCGCAGAUGACCAGGUUUAUGCUGGGGUCUUUGGCUGCAUUAUGGUGAUAGGUCUGCCUCUCAACGCAGUCUCACUGUGGAUUCUUCUUCGCCGCCACAGCCUCAAAUCACCCAACGCUGUCUUCAUGAUCAACCUGGCACUCUCAGACCUGCUAGUCAUCAUCUCUUUGCCCAUGAGGAUCUACUUUCAUGCAACAGGCACCCAGACUUUUGGAAUUAUGACCUGUCUUAUUAACACAAUGUUCUUUCGCAACAAUAUCCGCUCCAGCACCUCCUUCAUCACCUUCAUAAGCGUGGACCGACUGCUGGCUGUGGUUUAUCCUCUGAGGUCUCGCCAUCUUCGGACCUCGUCCAAUGCCUGGAAAGGAGCAGCACUCAUCUGGGGAGUUUUCCUGGUGGUAAAUAUCCCAGAGGGCAUAGGAUUUUUAAAACACUUACAGAACCACACAGAACACAUUUGUUUUCAAUCUCAUGAAUAUAAAAGUGUAACACGAUCAGCAAUUAUUUACCUUCAGAUUGUGUUACUGGUCACAAUGCUAGCAGUCAACAUUGUGUGCACCAUUAUGGUUUCCUGGACUCUACACAACCAUCUCAGUGACUCUGCAAAGGUCAGAAACAAGGUCAACGUAAUGCUGAUUUUUGCCAUCAACUUGGUUAUAUUCUGCACAUGUUUUCUGCCUGUGCCACUACACGUAGCUACAAAAAGCAAUACCAGUAUAACUCCACUGGUAUGUCUGACUGUUUUGAGCUGCUGUCUGGAUCCUCUGAUGUAUUAUUUUUCUUUUGACUCCUUCUGGAAGAAAAAAGAGGACGUGGGAAGAGAACUAUAGAUUAGUGACCUGCUAGAGUUGCUAUCAGAUGUCCCAUGAUACAUGCCUGUUUUUUUUCACAAAGCAGCCCAUUUGUGCACAAGAUUCUUAAUUAGUUCAACCACAUGCACAGUUUUCAGCAGUUAACCAUCAAUAUUCAUUUCUUCAGUAACAUUUGUGUCAAGCCCAGAAAGUGAAAGAGUGAAAGAGGCUUGGCUUAGUGCUUUCAUGUUUUAUUUCCACUGCAACAUGACACCUUCAACCAUAGAUCGGUGGCUAACUCACUAGAAACCGUGAGAAAAACUCAGCUGCAACACUUUUUUGUGUUUGCACAGCUGCGUCCUUACUUGUCUUCAGUUUACAUUCAGUUAAUAUCCUGAUCAGUAUCAUGUAAUAAAUUUGUCAGAUUUAACACUCUGACAUGAGAAGAUGUGUCCCCCCCCCCCAAAAAAACCCCAGAGACUUCCGGAAGUCACCGCAUGUGGAACUACAUACUGUCAUGGACAUGAAACAAACCACCUUUUCUCAUACUGUUGUUGUUUUGGCCUAAUAUUUAAUCAAGACGUAUAAGUAAAAUCAAUCUCCUCAUUUCUCUUUUGGCAAAUAAAAAAGCGUAUACAUAAGAAUAACUCUGACAGAUGGGUGUGUGUAUGCAUGUAAAGUACCACAGAAAAGCUGGUUUAAAAUUGACUAAUCACAAUAUUUUGUAAAUAUUUUUGCAAACAUUACAUACAGCACUGUUCGACGCUCAUCUCGUCUGUAUGUUUUAAGUGCUUUCAUAAGACUCAGGCUUUUGUUUUAUUUGUGAGAGCCUCACUAGUGGAGCCAACGACUCAAGGCCUAAUUAAGUCCCACCAGAUGGAAGGGUGUUGGUGUAAGCCUACAACAGACUGUAACACGACUGAUUAUCUCAUCUGCAGAUUUGAAAUGAUCCAAAGGUUAUCACUGAAAAUGCUAUUAGACACUGAAGAUUGGCUGAAUUUCCUAGACUGGCCAUUACAUUUUACUGUUGUUAAUGUUCCCUAUUGUACACGCAAGUUGAUUGUGUCAAGUUCAAUAUAGUCAUCAUUUGCCAAGACCUAUUAACUUCUUUUCUUAGUCAUCAUAAUUGACUACAACUGGUAGUUUCUACUUGCCAGGAUAUAAGGAUUUGUUUGACAGCACUCACUGGACUGACCAAUACUGACAACAAUGGGAAAGUCAAAGUAACUCAGGGAAGAUCUAAGAAGGAGAACUGUAGAUUUGGGAAAGUCUCUUGGAGCCAUUUCUAAACAACUGGAGAUUCCAAGAUCAGUUUAAACAGUUCAUUGCAUGUACAAGUUAUCUGGAUGUGUCACCACUUUGCCAAGUCUUGGAAGAAGGCCCAAACCAUUACAUUCUGAUUAGAUGAAAUUGGUUACGAUGUUGAGGAACAACCCAGAAACCACAAAAGUUUAACUGUGGCAUGAACAGGCAAGUGCUGUAACACUAGGGCCAAUGUCCAGUGAGUUUUACUUCACGGUGAACUUAGAAGGUUUCAGAAAAAAGCCCAUGCUACAAAAUCAACACCUUCAAGCUGAAAUUUGCACCUGCCCACAUGAACAGGACAAAUGACUUCUGGAGUUUUAUCAUCCAAAGAAACAAUGAUUGAGCUAUUUGGCCACAAUGGCAAAAGGUAUGCUUGUUUAGGUAUGUUUAAACCUGAGGCUUUCAAACCUAAGAACACUGUACCAGACAUCAAGCAUGGUGGUGGGAGCAAUUUAGCUGUGCAUGGAGUAAUGAAGGACAAAUACCAAUAGUGUCAUGGUCCUGUGUCUUUGACCCAGUAUGUGAGUUUAUGAUGGUUUUGUGAAUCUUUCUUUUGGAUUUAACAGAUUUUCAUCUUCUUGUCCUGUAUUAGUUAGUCUGUAGUUUUGUAUUUCCUAGUGCUUCUGUGUUUAAUAUUUCUAUUUUUUUUUAUUUUUUUUUUUUGCCUGCUGUCAUGUCUGUUCUGUCUUCAGUAUCUCCUGCUGCUGUCUGUUCUGUGUUUUGUCUCUCCAGUCUGUCAUGUGUUUCCAUGUUUAUCCCCCGUCCUAAUGUCAAGCUUUUGUGUCCUUGUCUCAGUCUCUCUAUUGUUUUUUGUUGUGUGUUUUCAAGUCUCCUGGUUCUGAGUUUCCUAGUUUAGCUUUUUACCUGAUUUCUUGUAUUUUUUUAUAUCAUUUUUGAAACUUUUA